UGUAGCCUUGACCGAUCUACAAUGAUGAUAAUCGGUGCAUAUGAUAAUACAACAGUUAAUGUGACUGAUGGUAACAACAGAAUCACUAUAGUAAGAUUAGAUUGUCAAGAUGUUCAUCAACUGUCAAGUCAAACAGACAUUUCUAAUAUAGCUAUUUGGUCAGAUAAGCCAGUUGCUACUAUAUCGGGAACAUCAUGUGCUUUUGUUCCGCAUGACGUUGGUAACUGCGAUAUGCUUUUGGAACAAAUCAUUCCAGUAUCGUCGGCUUGGGAUACAAUGUUUAUUGUUCCUCCUAUCUUCCCCAAACUAGGAUAUCUUGUUAAAGUAUUUUCUGCCAAUAAUGCAAAAUAUUGUUUAAAAACUGUUUCAACAACACUUUGUAACCAGUCGUAGAAAGAAGAAUAUUUAAUGGGAACCGGUCCAGUAAUUAUUACUUCGAAUGAUUCAAUAAGUGUUGUGCAGUAUGGUGUUGGACAGGACUACGAUCAAAUCGAUGCUGAUGAAUUUAUGACUGUGAUUCCAGGCAUAGGCAAUUAUCUGAAUAGCUAUUACUUUUUCAUUCCUAGAAUUUAUUCCUCACUAACAAACCGCUUGUCAAUUGUUGUUCCUUCUACUGAAGCUGGAGGUCUUCGUUUAGAUGGAUCACAGUUGACUUCAGCGAAAUCGUAUUCAGUUCCGGAUCCGUUUUCCAACUAUACUGUAUUAAUUAUACCCGUAACUGUUGGUUACCAUGAACUGAAUCAUAUCCAUACUGACGUUGUGUUUGGAGUGACUGCUUUCGGGUUAGGUAGUCUUAUUGGAUAUGGUUUUCCAGUCGGAUUUGGAUUUUCGUUAGAAAAGACCCUAACUACUCCAGUGUAUAAACCAACUACGACACCGGAAACAGUCACUACAUCUGAUGCGCGUCCUGCAGAACUUAUUACUUCACCAACGCAGAUUUCAAAGAGUGAGCAUUUUAUAACAAAACAUUUGAGUGAAGCUAUUUAUAUUUUUUGUAGCAGUAAUUUCUAUAACUGAUUUAUUUCAAAAGCAUUCUAAAUAUGAAAAAUUUGAAACAUAUCACCUAUAACAUUCUCCCAUGUUAAAAGAAUUUGAAUUUUAGAAACAAAAUAUUGUCAUACUUAAAAGACAAAUUUCGAGUCCGAAUGAAAGUUUCAACUUGAAUAAUGAUACACUAUACAAGUUCACGUA